AUGCUAUGGGCACAUCCCUUUUUCGAAUCUGGAAUAUACUGUGAUAAUCCUGGUGUUGUUCUCCUUAUUUCAUCGAGAAAAUCAAAUUUCAAAGCAGCCACAACUAUGGAUUGGCGAGUGGUAAUAAUUACUUAUAAUGUGAAUAUGCAACGAGGUGAUGAGAGUGAUGUCGAGAAAUUACUGGCACCAGCAAUUGCUACUAAUCCACAUUUGUUAGUAGUUGGAAUGCAGGAAGUAUCUCAUGGUGAAACAGUAGUUGGAGGAACGAUGGAUUGGCGAGUGGUAAUAAUUACUUAUAAUGUGAAUAUGCAACGAGGUGAUGAGAGUGAUGUCGAGAAAUUACUGGCACCCGCAAUUGCUACUAAUCCACAUUUGUUAGUAGUUGGAAUGCAGGAAGUAUCUCAUGGUGAAACAGUAGUCGGAGGAACGGUGAUAACUUGGCAGCGUCAGAUGUUCGAAUGGAUGAACACACGAACCGAUGGACUCGUUUUAUUAGCAAAAACUUAUCAGAUGACGAAUCAAGUGACGGUGUUUGUCAAAAGGACACUCAUCCCCUUGGGGCUUUUGGAAGUACAACCUGUCAGUUUUUGUCGCGUUCAGUCCACUAGUCGCAACACCAUGGGUGGUUUGACGGGACAUAAAGGUUCUAUAGGGAUAAAGAUAUCGCUACAGGUUUGUUCAUCAUACCGUUCAUAUUUUGUCGUUCUAUCUCUUGCUAUUUUGCUUCAACAUGUGGCUGAUUAAUU